AUGCUUGGCUCGGUUAAAGUCCUGGUAAGUAAGGAUGACCUCCGUGACUACAGGGGAGCAGGCGUCAAGCGCACCCAGGUAACUGCUAUUGAGUGCAUCAGUGCUGACGGUAGGUCGCUGCUCCCUCUUAUUAUCUGGCCAGCUUCGACCCAUAGAAGUAACUGGACUACCUUUUCAACCCCUGGCUGGCAUUACGGACACUCAGAAAAUGGAUAUAAUGACUCGAAGAUCAGCCUAGAGUGGCUUACCCGUGUAUUCGAUCCUCAAACAAGUGGACGAGCUAAUGGAAAGCCCCGGGUCCUAAUUUGCGAUGGCUUUGGAACACACGAGACCCUCGAAGUCCUAGAAUUCUGCUUCGCUAAUAAUAUUACUAUGUGCCGCCUGCCGUCUCACACCUCACAUAAACUACAGCCUUGCGAUGUUGGAGUCUUCGGGCCUCUUAAGACAGCCUAUCGU